AUGGCGGGCCACAUCGAGGCACCCAAGUUCGAGCUGCUGCGGGCGAACUGGGAAGCGCGCCAGCAGACCGAUCCAACCAACCGACCACUAUCACCGACCACUCCGGGCCGCACACCCGCCCAACAGCGCUUGUUCUACACGUCUUCCAGCGAAACACGCGAAUCCAAGGCUCGUCGCUUCAGCUCCUUUGCCACAUUCACAAGCCCCAUCAACCCUUUCACCCGUCGCGAUCGAGCCGCUAUGCCUUUCCCCAAGUCACCCUCAUAUAAGGCCCUCGUCGCUCCCGAAAAGCGCGAGGAACCUCCACCUGCUCUGAAGCGCGGCCCUGGAAGCAGGCUCCCAUCCUUCAAGGGUUCUUCCAACGCCAUGCCGCCACCAGCACUACCGACUACGAAGAGUAACGGUCAAGCUGCUUCCGAUCGCUGGAUGAUGGGGCGCCUGUCCCGGAGCCAGACAACCAGCAACAUCCCACUGCUCGCGUCUAAGGCAGCUGAGCCCAUGAAGCAACCUCCGGUGAAGCAUCUGCCAGCGGGUGUUCCACCGCUCAAGGCGACGGGACCGAGACAACCAUCACAAUCCGCGAGCAACCUCAUACGCAGCAGACCACCCACGCCGCAUCGCAGCGCCGAUGAGCCGAUGCCCGUCACUGCCCACUCCACCAACAAUCUGAUUUCUCUGACUUCCUCAGCCUCUUCCACCAAUGUUCGCAGCAAGCUACCCACACCGGCUCUAAACCGGGAUACCAGGCAGUCAGGAAUGGCAACUAAGAUGUUCGGAGGCAUGAAGAAGACACCGAAAAUCAGGGAAAAGCGCUCAUACACGCAGCCUAACCUUACAAGUGUGACGAACAUGUCGUCUCAGAUCGUCACGCCGCGAAAGACGGUCUUUAGGGAAGAGUUUGCUACAAAAACGCCCCGGUACAUGGCAAGCGAGAACAGGAAGCCUCUCCCGUGCAGCGAUGAUCUCUUUGGUCCAGUCGGUAGUGUCAAGGUCACAGAGAUCUCCAACGACGAAGACCUUGGGCGGUACGGACCAAUUAGCGCGGAGGACUGGACAGGUAUGCUGUCUAUUGAGUCGCCUACGUCGAACAAGCCUGUCAGGGUGUCCAACAAUUCUCAACACAGACGUCCGUCACAGCAUCGCCUUCAUUCCGCGGGCUCCCUGCCCCAGAACAACCUUCUUACGCCGCUUUCUCCGCCUUUCCCGCGCACUCCCCGCCACUCUACCGCCCACAGCCAAUCUCUGUUUCCCCCCAGCGGUGGUACAAAUCCGCCCACUAUCCUACGCCACUCCCACCUGUCGCCCUGCCCGGAAGAUUCCAACCCAAAAACGGCGAUCCGCUUCAUCUCCACCGGCCAACUUCGCUCAUGGUCUCCUCCGCAGUCUCCGACACCAACACGUUCCUCGAGUUCAUCCUCCUCCUCGGCUCCCCCUCCGUCUCCAACGCCCACCAGCGGCAAAGGCAGUGUCCGCGACGUCAACAACCCUCCGAGCUACGCCCUGGUCAACAAAGCGCAACCAUCGGCCUACUGGGCGGGCCGCUUCGCCUCGGGCUUCGACCGGCUGCGCCUCGAGGCCUUCCACGCCGAGGGCCACGCCUUCCGCACCUCGGGCCGCGUGUCGGACACGUUUGGCGCCUUCGUCGACGGUAGCGAGGAGGUCCGCGCCCGCCGCGUCUUCGCCGAGCUGGCCGCCUGUUGCCGCUCCGACGAGGCGACUCGCAGCCUGCGCGACUUUCAGGCCGCAUGGGCGCGCAAGAGCGGCAGCGUCGCGUGUAUGCCGCCGCCAGCGGUGAUUGUGUUGAAUGCGGGCGUUGAGAAUAGAGUCGGCAACGGCAACGGCAACAACAACAACAACAAUGUGGCGGGUGGGGGUGAGGAAGGCUUGAGGGGUGGAGAGGGCAAGGGAAGGAAGACGGGCAUGGGCUUCAUGGAGAAGCUGAAGGGCAUGGCGAGGAAGUCGAGUGCCUAG